AUGGUUCAUUCUCAACCACAACCACAAAUAGUUCAUAGUACAACUCGAUCAAAUACUAUGCCAUCAUGGCGUGGUUGUUUACCAAUGAAAUUUGAACCAAUUACAUUAGAUCAAUAUCAAAUGACAACUAAUUUUUCUCAAAAAGUUUUUCUUGGUGGUAUUCCAUCUGAACUUACUGAAGCUGAACUAUUACUUGUAUUAAGAAAAUUUGGUAAAUGUAAUAUCAAAUGGCCAAAAAAUGAUGGAAUCAAACACAAUAUGCCUGGUUAG